UCUGGUAGGGUGGGUGCGUUUGAUUUACGAUUAUUGCAAUGGAAAUUAUUUAUUUAUUAUUAAUUAAUUAACUUGUCACAGUUCCUCAUGUAUAAUUCUACAAAGUGUUACAGUGAAAUCCUUUUUUGGAUGCCAAUCAAUGCCCUUUGGUUCUGAAUAUGGCUGACGAAAGACUUGUGGUUCUAAAUCGUAGUGACAAUUUGGGAUUCGGGUUUUCUUUGCUUGGUGAAGCCGGUUUGCCACAUGUUAUAUACGAAAUAGAAGAAAAUUCACCGGCUGCUCGCAGCGGAGAAGUCGAGGCGGGAGACGUUUUGCUCAAGGUUAAUGGGACUGAUGUAAACCGGUUCACUACCAGAGAAGUUUUAAAAUGCUUGCGACUGUCGUCGGAUCCCGUGACGUUAAGACUGAGAAAGGACCCGCAGAUCAAAGCGAGCGUGAGACGGUACUUGUCAGCGGCUACCGAUCGGCGGUCUAGCGGCGGAGGCGCCGGUGUCCGCUCUAACCACGAUAAAUUAAGUUCGUCGUCGAGUAACUCGAACGGCAAUUCCUCGAGUACAUCGUCCAGUAACGGUUCCGCGGUGCAGUCUGGCGAGAGCUGCGAAGCUUUACUCACAGAAGAACGGGUGCGGAGACCAAAGUCGGCCCAGCCCAAGUUCGAAGCCUACAUGAUGACGGGCGACCUCAUACUCAACCUGUCGAGGGUCGAGCACCCCCACCAUAACCACCAUGCUCCCACACACCGCACACAUUACCACAGAUAUAACUCAACGCCAGCGUCGCCCAGUGAGAAUAGACUGUGUGGCCGCGUGGAAAUGCCGCAAAGACACAACUCCUCGCCCGAUACCGGUCUCACUGCCAACGAACAUGCGACUAAAAUGUUCAUAUCGCAGCCGGCGUCGCCGGCGGGCGCGGGCGGGGGCGAGCACUCGGCGCGCCACCACCCCGCCGUCAGAACAUCCAGAUCUGAAGAUCACCUGCAGGAAUGGUCGCUGAGCGCUGUGGGCGUGGAGCUAGAGGAGGACGUGACGUCAUCGCUCAACACGCUGCUCGAUGCCAGACCAGACUCGGCCACGCCCCAGCCGCGCUCCGACUCCGACGCGGAAAGAGACAGAAUCGUAUGGACUUACAACGCGCCUGUCUCGAGCGCGAUGGAACGUUCACAACAGACUCCUUCUAACUCCACCUCCAUCUCCGACACUAUUUCACAGAGGUCGUCGUCCCCGGCGUCUCCGUCGUCGUCGUCGGCGCUGUCCCCGCACCGCGCCGCCGCGCACGCCUUACUGCCACAUCACAAACUUAACGGCGACAUGAGUCUCUCCGAAGCCGUCUCAAACAUAUCGAGUCCGGACUACCAAGACCAGGACGACAUGUUCGAGACGGGCCGGGAGUGUCCCCGCAUGGAGCUCUCCGACCCCUCGGACUCGGACUCCACGAUCCUCGUCUCCGAGCCGUGCCACAAGCGAGCCAAGUCCAACUCGAGCUAUUCGAACGAGCACGGCAGUGACGUCACGCUCAACGGAGACAACAACGACCACAGAAUAGUCAUACAAGUAAAGGGACCGGACAAACAGAACCAGAAUUCGAACGAGAAUGUAAAUAUCAAUAACAAUAACAGUAAUUAUAGUCAGAACGGUAAUGAGAACGGUUACACGUCGCCAGAGAAUCAGGGUUACGAGGAGGUCUGCGGUUCGUCAGAGACAGGGUCGGACGAGGGCUCGGACGGCGACUCGUUGCAUUCCUUCCACUACAGUCCUAAGGCUGUGGACAUCCCGUCUGCCGAGAGACUUGCCAAGAGACUCUAUCAUCUUGACGGAUUCAAGAAGUCUGACGUAUCAAGGCACCUCAGUAAAAAUAACGAGUUCUCCCGCGCCGUAGCGGAAGAGUACGUGAAGCACUUCGAGUUCGCGAACACCACGCUGGACGCGGCACUGCGGACCUUCCUGGCACGGUUCGCGCUCUCCGGCGAGACCCAGGAGCGGGAGCGUGUCCUCGUGCACUUCUCCAGGAGGUACCUGGAGUGCAACCCUGGAACUUUUAACUCCCAGGACGCAGUGCACACGCUGACGUGCGCCAUAAUGCUGCUGAACACGGACCUGCACGGCUGCGGCGGCGCGCUGCAGCGGAUGUCGUGCGCGGAGUUCAUCGACAACCUGGCCGACCUCAACGACGGCGACAACUUCCCGCGCGACACGCUCAAGCACCUGUACCACGCCAUCCGCUCGCAGCCGCUGCAGUGGGCGCUCGACACCGAGAGCGCAGUGGCGACAGCGGGGGCGGGGGGCGAGGUGCGCGCCGCGGGGGGCGGGGCCAACCCCUUCCUCGACGUCGCCGACCCCUCGCGCGCCGUCGAGUACAAGAAGGGAUACGUCAUGAGGAAAUGCUGCGUCGAUCCCAACGGGAAAAGAACACCUUUCGGACGGAGAGGCUGGAAAAUGUUUUAUUGUACUUUAAGAGAUUUGGUCUUGUAUCUACAUAAAGACGAACACGGCUUCAGGCGCAGUCAAAUGUCAGAUAAUUUACACAACGCUAUCCGGAUACAUCACGCGCUGGCUACCAAAGCGAUAGACUACACUAAAAAACAACACGUCUUUAGAUUGCAGACGGCCGAUCAAGCAGAGUUUUUAUUUCAAACAAGUGACUCAAAGGAGUUAUGUUCGUGGGUGGAGACGAUAAACUUCGUGUGCGCGUCGUACUCGGCGGCGCCACUGGCCGCGGCCGUCGGCUCGCAGCGCAAGUUCCAGCGGCCGCUGCUACCCUCGUCGCACAGCAAAUUGUCUAUGCGCGAUCAACUAAGAGAUCACGAAGACCGUAUCGCGCGACUAGAGGAAGAACUUGCUCAACUCAAGAGACAGGCGCGGGAUAACUCGUCCCAUACUUGGGAUAAAGACCAUUAUCUAAUUUACGAGAUAAAGAGAUACCGUACGUACGCGUCCGUGAUGCGAGCACGUGCGGGCGCGCCCGGCGCCGAGGAGGCUCCCGCGCCGCCCGCACGUGCGCCGCCGCCCUGACGCGCCAUGCACGUGCUCGCCGCCUGUC